GGACAACUUUACGCACGAUCAGGUUACUUCCUGGCAUAUUUGGAGAACUGCAAAGCUGUGAUCUUUCGAGAGGUGAAGAAACAAAUUUCCAUACCCACUCCAAGGUAUACGGCGUGUCGUUUGUGGAAAGGUCCGAGGAUUGUGUGCAAAAUGCCAGAACCCGAGGGAGUCAUGCACAAGCUGUACAUGGACCGGCAACUUCCGCCCAAAGUGGCCGAAGUCGCUCGUGUGCAGGGUGAAGAUCCGGACAGGACCAGUUUGAUGAUCGAAGAGUUGAGAGACAUGAUUUAUGAAAAGGGAGAAUGCAUUCCUCAUCGCGUGGAUGAUGACUAUUUGAUCAAAUUCCUUCGUGCCCGGUUCUGGAACGUGCAACACUCCUACAAUCUAAUGGUACGCUACUACGCCUUCCGUGAGAGUAAUCCGGAGUUUUACGAAAACGUUAAUCCGAUGUCGCUGCGCUCGCUGGGAGACGACGAUAUCAUCUCCAUUUCGCCGUACCGCGAUCAGGAGGGUCGGCGUGUGAUUUGCUUCAAGUUUGGUAAAUGGCGCCCGUCCAAGAUACCGAUCGUGGAUCUGUUCCGUGCCACCAUGCUGCUGUUGGAAGUCGGCUCACUGGAACCCCAGUCGCAGGUGCUUGGCGGCAUAGGCAUCAUGGAUCUGGAGGGUCUUACGCUGAACCACGCCUGGAAUCUUACGCCCACCGUUGCGCAGAAAAUGUUAGCCCUGCUUGCCACCAGCAUGCCCCAGCGUACGAGCCAAAUUCACAUCGUCAAUCAGGGCUGGGUGUUCGAUACGGUGUUUCAGAUCUUUAAACCCUUGCUGACGGAGAAGAUGCGACAGCGGCUCUUUUUCCACGGCACGGAUCGUGCCUCACUGCAUAAGUAUAUCGAUCCGGAGGCGCUACCGGAACGUUACGGUGGCACCAAGCCGGAAUAUCCGUACACUUAUUGGUUGGAGCACUUGAGUCGGAAUGAGAAGGUAGUCGAUGAGCUGCAACAGCUCGGAUAUGUAUCGGAACCGCUAGUGGAAGAUUGCGUUUGGAAGCGUGCCCGAUCGCUCUGCCGUGCGCGGAAUAAAACCUUCCCGACGUGUGGCGGUAGCCCACAUUCGGAUCGUGUCCGUCGUUCGGUACGGUACAGUAAAGCGGAAGGUUCCAAAGUGUGUUUUGUGCAUGUGUGUGCUUGUUCGAAUUGGUGGAAAGAAACCGCACCACGCCAUCGUCGCUGUCACCCGAUCAUGCCGGAAAUAAAAGCGGUCACGAAAAGUGCGCCAAAUGGCAAGGAGCAGGCGGCAGAUCCCUCCGACAGCAACGCCCCAGUGACCCUUUUCGCGGAUCAGCCCGAACGCCAGAAGAAGAUCAACGAACUGCGCAAGCUGAUUCAAAACUAUGACGACUGUAAUCGACGUACCGACGAUCUAUUCCUCUGCCGGUUUCUGUACUGCUGCGACUGGGACGUGGAGGAAUCAUUUGGACGCAUCGUAAAGCUCAUCAAAUUGAAGGAAGCGAAUCCGGACUGGUUCUUCCAUAAGCCGAUCGGUACGUACAGCGAGCUGCUAAAUCGCAACGUCAAGUUUACGCUGGAACGUCGCGAUCAACGCGGGCGGCGUGUCUUCGUGACACGGCUGGGAGCGAUCGAUUUCUCCAACAUGGCCGUCACCGAUUUGGCCAACCUGGAUGACAUCUGGUUCGAGCUGAUGUUAAACGAGCUGGGUACGCUCGAGAACGGUGUUACCUGUCUGAUCGACAUGAGCGGGUACUCACUCAAGAGCUUCCGCUUUCUGACACCGCAAAACAUACGGAUCGGGUCGGCAAAGACCGACCUGCUGCCGCUGAAGAACAUCGAGUUCCACGUGGUUAACUCGUCGGUGUUUAUGAACGCCGCGAUCGCUAUCCUGUACCCGAUGUUGAGCAAGAAGAUUAAAGAUCAGGUACGGUUCCACUAUUCCAACUGGGAGUCGCUGCACCAGCACAUCCCGGCGGACAUUUUGCCCCAGGAGUAUGGCGGUACGAGUGGGAAGCAGUUCGACUUUAAAACCAUUUACGGGCAGGUGCUUGACAAACCGAACGAGUUUGAUCGACUAUUGGCGUAUGGAGUUCGGAAGAAUGCCACCGCACCGGUACCGACGUCGACGACAACUGCGUCCAAAGUGAAGGGAACUAAAACGAAAGGCAAACAUAAGGAUGCGGAUAAAAAGAAAUCGGUAACGGCAAGUGUCGUCGAAGAGUAAGUUAAGUGAUAUCGGUGCGAUAAGUGCUAGUUGAUAAAAUACUUUUAAACAGAUAGGAAAUAAAGUGCCCACG